AAAUUUCGCCAAAUGAACUGAUUACCGUUUUAUUGUGAUUAUUGCCAUUGGCAAAUGAACGAAUUUCUCGGUCGCCGUCGUUGCGUUGUUGGUUGUUUGUUUUUGUGCCGGACUCGGCCAAGUAGUAUUAUUCGGUGAUACGGUCCGAGUGGAGGUUCCCGGCUUCUGCUCUCUGUUUAAAUCAAAUUCCCCCGGAAAGAAACUGACCUUUGAUCGUUUGGAUUGAGCUGUCGAACUAAAAAUGACGGAUUGCUCACUGUGCCAGUAUGUCGAACUUUUCGUCAAAUAUUACCUCUACGCAUGGGCGGCUGGACUGGGGUUGUGGUUCCUGUUGAUCUUGGCCUCGAAAGUGGGAAGCGAUGGAAACAAGCUAAGAUAUUACGCCAAGUACGGCAUGAUUUACUGCGCAACGCAGGCCUUCACCACGCUGUUUGCACCUUUUUCGCUGCUGAGGCCGCGGAAUCCCGCCAACGCUGGUAUAAUUUGUGCAGUGGCAUCGAAAGCUUCAAGCCUGCUGCCCAUCACCUGGGAACUUCGAAAUGCCCGAAUUCUGAGGGAAGCGGAAGGGGCGGUCGUGAUGGCCAACCACCAGUCGUCGAUGGAUAUUUUGGGUCUUGAAAUCCUGUGGAGCACCAUGCGCAACGUGAUCUCCAUCGCCAAGAAGGAAAUGCUGUUCAUCAUCCCCUUCGGUCCCGCGGCAUGGCUGGCCGGCAUCACCUUCAUCAACCGCAAGAACCGCCCAUCGGCGAUGAAAACCCUCGAUGGCUGCAAGCGCAAAAUGGUCGAGCAGGGCUUCAAGAUGUACAUCUACCCGGAGGGUACUCGGUAUCCGGAACGGGGUAUGCUUCCCUUCAAGAAGGGUGGCUUCCACACGGCCAUCGAAGCGGGGGUCCCUAUCAUUCCGGUUGUAUUCUCGCACAUUUACUUCAUUGAUGCCAAAAAGUAUAGCUUUAAGCCUGGUCAUGUGAUCAUGAACGUUUUGGAACCGAUUCCGACCAAGGGCCUAACCAAGGACAAUCUGGAUGAGCUGAUAAAGCGAACUCGGGACGCAAUGUUGGCCGAGUACGAGAAGCUUACGGCCGAAAUGGAUGCCAACUUGGCUGAUCCCAAGUGGGUGCGGGCCAGUCGGCCACGGUUUGUUUCGUACGAUGGUAAGAAAACGAAUUAGGAAUGAUUUGUUGAGUUCAGGAUACCGGAAUUUAUCCAAAAUAAAGGUAUUGAUUCAUGAUUCGCGUGUAAUUUG